UAUAUAUAAUACUAUUUAGUGAUAUUCUUAAGUUAGGUUAUAUUUUCAAAUAUUAACGGGACACAAUAUAAUGUCUAGGAAAAAACAUAAUGUUUCAUAUAUUAAACCGAAUGAACCAAAAUUUUUACGCGAAUUAAAAGAACAAAUCGGAUAUAAGGAAGGACCUACAAUCGAUACAAAGAGAGAAAUAUUACCACAAGAUUCAAAUAAUGAUGAAGAAGAACGUGAAGAAGAGAAACCUGUUGUAGUUGUAUUAAAUUCUGAACAUUUAACUGCAAAACAAGCAGAGGCAUAUAAGAAAAAAAAAGAAGAAGAAGAGGCUAAUGCUCCUGCAGAUUUAUCCAAACGAAUUAUAUUUAGGAAAAAUAAAAUAACAGAAGCAGAAUUAGAAACGGCAAAUAAACCAGUAAAAAAGAAAAUAAAAAAAACAAAACAAGAAAAAGUUAUAUUAUCUUUCAAUGAAAAUGAUGAUGAUAAUUUAUAAUACUUAUGUAUAUUA